AUGGUGACAGGUCUGAGUCAUGGUGACAGGUCUGAGUUACUCCAGUUCCUUAUAGCUUCUGUUGAGAUGAUUUGUGGUGGGGUAAGUCCUGUUCUAGAUCCACUUCCUAGACUUUGUGACAAUGGAACUGUUCCUCAAAAUUUUACUUGGACAAAUCCUGUCAGUGUGCAUCCCAUGCCUUCAAAUGAUGCAAAUCAGCCAGAUGGGAAUGCCAGCGUGAAAGUAGAAGCUCGGUCGCCAACUGCAUCUGGUUCUAGCUUAUCCAAAGAGCAGCAUGAUCAGCAAGUUGCAGGGCCACCAAUAAAACGCAGAAAGCGACAUCGGAGAAAGCAUUUCCAAAACCAAGAACCAUGUCUAAUGAGAGGUGUCUAUUUCAAAAAUAUGAAGUGGCAAGCAGCUAUAAAAGUUGACAAGAAACAAAUCCACUUGGGCACUGUUGGUUCACAAGAAGAGGCUGCUCGUUUGUAUGACAGGGCUGCUUUCAUGUGUGGGAGGGAACCAAAUUUCGAGCUUUCUGAAGAGGAGAAGCAAGAACUCAGGAAAUUCAAGUGGGAUGAGUUCUUGGCCAUGACUCGUCAUGCAAUCACCAACAAAAAACACAGGAGAAGGCCCGGGGUAGAGUCACACAAGAGGUCUGAGACUCCAUUGGAAAAUGGUGACUGGGAUGACAAAGAAGAAGUAGACAGUCUCUCGGCUUCAGAAGAUAUGGAGCAGGAUAUGUUAGGCUCUUGA